AUGCCAAGCAAAGCUUGGAGCCUAGGAGUGCCUGCUGGGCACGCACUUGUUCUUGCUGGCAUUCCAGUAUUUCGUCUUCUUUCUGGCUUCCUGCACCUCGCUGCUGGGAAGCAGCGAGUCAUCGGAGUCCGAUGUGCCGGAAGCCCGCUGUCUUUUUUGGGUGAAUGGGCCGAUAGCAGAAUUCUUCUGGUGAGCCUGGCUCAUCUGGUUCUGAAGGAUAGCCUCGUAGCUAUCUUUCUUGGCAGCAGCCUGAUUAGAUUUCUUUUUUUUUUAAACUUGAUAACGUCGCCGUCUCUUUUUGGACGUUUCGUCCUCGGAGCUCUCAUCCACCGUCACUUUGGGCACUGGAACUCUCUUAGGGCAUUCCCUCACCUCUUCUUUGGAAACUCCGAGCAUCAGAAUUUGUGCGGAGUAGUCUCCCGUGUUUUCACUGUCCACGUCGUCCUUCCAGAAAACCGUGUGCACAGCUCUGUUGUCAAAGUCUAUCUUGUGUUGUGGAGCAAAAUUGCGGAUAUUGUGCACAGGUAG